AUGCCUAUUACGCUCUCCUCUCCUUUUCUCUCCCUUCUCUCAUAUUCGUCACCACCGAUUCCUUCAAAUUCCAACGGUCACUUCUCUCCUUCACUUCGUUCUCCACGACGCCGUCUCAAUACAAAACCAAACCACCUCCACCACCGUCAUCUCUCUCUUCCUUUCCUCUCAAUAACCUCGCGUAAACUCUCCAUUCGCUGCUCCUCUUCUUCAAUGCCUCUAGAAGUCUCCACUUCCUCUUCUCAGGACAGUUUGUUAAGUUCAAGCGCGUUUUGGGUAACUCAGUCUAUAAUCGCGUGUGAUGCUGGUGUUGUUAGAGACGAUUCUUGCUAUUUAUACGCUAGUGAGACCGCUGCAUUAUCCGUUACUGAAAGUGAAGUUGAAGGUCAUGAUUUCAAAAUUAAGCUUGAAGAAGGCAGCUGCGGCCUUCCACAGAAUGUGAUUGUGAAAUUUCCUCACAUUAGAGAUUACAAAGCUUUGAAAGUGCCUUCAACUGUGGACGUCAAAUCACUUGUUAAAUGCCAGUUAGCCGUCGCGACAUUUGGCUCUGAUGGGAACUGCAGCUAUGUUACUGGUUUGCAGUUACCUGGUAUUCUGGAUGAAUUGUUUGCAUAUGAUGGUCCACUCGGUGCGCAUUAUUCAGAAGAUGCUGUGUCCCUCUACCUAUGGGCUCCCACUGCUCAAGCAGUUUGUGCCUGUAUUUACAAGGAUACAGACAGCAGGGAUCCCAUGGAAGUUGUUCAGUUGAAGGAGGUUAAUGGAGUUUGGAUUGUUGCAGGACCAAAAGACUGGGAAGGUUUUUAUUAUGUCUAUGAAGUCUCUGUCUACCAUCCUAGCACCUUACGCAUUGAAAAAUGCUAUGCAAACGAUCCAUAUGCUAGAGGGCUCUCACCAGAUAGCCAGAGGACAUUAUUUGUGGAUCUUUAUUCGGAUACUUUAAAACCUGAAGGAUGGGAUAAAUUAGCUGACGAAAAACCCAGUAUACUUUCUUUCUCUGACAUAAGUAUCUAUGAGUUGCAUAUAAGGGAUUUCAGUGCCAAUGAUAACACUGUGCAUCCUGACUUUCAGGGAGGUUAUCUGGCCUUCACUGUGGAGGAUUCAGCAGGUGUACUUCAUCUAAAGAAAUUAUCAAAUGCUGGCAUCACUCAUGUCCAUUUGCUGCCUAGCUUUCAAUUUGCUGGUGUUGAUGAUGUCAAGGAGAAUUGGAAGUGUGUGGAUAGCACAAUGCUGGAAAAAUUACCCCCGGAUUCAAUUGAGCAACAAACUCAGAUCACAUCAAUCCAAGAUGACGAUGGGUAUAACUGGGGGUACAAUCCUGUUCUAUGGGGGGUUCCUAAAGGAAGUUAUGCAAGUAACCCAAGUGGUUCAUGCCGCACAAUGGAGUUCAGAAAGAUGGUUCAGGCACUUAACCUUAUUGGCCUUCGUGUUGUGUUGGACGUUGUCUACAAUCAUUUGCAUGGAAAUGGGCCCUUUGAUGAGAAUUCUGUUCUUGACAAGAUUGUUCCAGGUUAUUAUCUGAGAAGAAACACUGAUGGGUUUAUCGAGCAUAGUACAUGUGUGAAUAACACUGCUAGUGAGCAUUAUAUGGUUGAGCGGUUGAUCAUCGAUGAUCUUUUAAACUGGGUAGCUAAUUAUAAGGUUGAUGGGUUUCGUUUUGACCUUAUGGGUCAUCUAAUGAAAAGUACAAUGGUGAAAGCAAAAGAUGCAGUCAACAGGCUAACAAAGGAAAGAGAUGGAAUUGAUGGUUCAAGUGUCUAUAUGUAUGGUGAAGGCUGGGACUUUGGUGAAGUUGCUAACAAUGGACGUGGGAUAAAUGCUUCACAAUUCAAUAUUGGUGGGACUGGAAUUGGAAGUUUCAAUGAUCGAAUUCGGGAUGCAAUGCUUGGGGGAUCUCCAUUUGGCCAUCCUCUCCAGCAAGGAUUUGUGACUGGGCUAAUGUUGCAGCCUAAUGGCCAUGAUCAUGGUGGAAAAGAUGUUGAAGAACUCAUGCUUUCUGCGGCAAAAGAUCACAUCCAGGUUGGGAUGGCUGCAAAUUUGAGGGAUUUUGUACUGACCAAUAGUGAUGGGAAAGAGGUAAAAGGGCUGGAAGUUUUAACUUAUGGUGGGGCUCCUGUUGGAUACGCUUUACACCCUGCAGAAACAGUAAGGACCGUAGCAUCCAUUAAUUAUGUUUCUGCUCAUGACAAUGAAACCCUAUUUGACGUUGUGAGCAUGAAGACUCCAACGGAAAUUUCUGUAGAUGAGAGAUGCAGAUUAAAUCAUUUGGCAACUAGUGCAAUAGCAUUGUCACAGGGUGGUAGUGAUGAGAUGCUACGCUCAAAAUCGCUUGAUCGUGAUUCUUACAACUCUGGUGAUUGGUUCAACAGGCUAGAUUUCACUUACAAUUCCAACAACUGGGGUGUUGGCCUUCCUCCAAAGCAGAAAAAUGAAAAGAACUGGCCAUUAAUUAGACCAAGAUUGGCAGAUCCAUCCUUCAAGCCUCAGAAGAGUCAUAUCCUUGCUGCUAUCAAUACUUUUUUAGAUGUAUUACAAAUCCGAUAUUCAUCUCCACUUUUUCGUUUGACGACAGCUAAUGCCAUUCAGGCACGGGUACGAUUCCACAACACUGGUCCUUCAUGGGUCCCUGGUGUUAUAGUGAUGAGUGUCGAAGAUGGCCAUGGAGGUGUUCCAGGAUUAACUCAACUGGAUCCCAUGUGGGUUGCAUCAGCUGAUGAAGUUGUGAAGAACUCAUCAUAUGAGACAUCCACAGGGUGCUUCACUGUGCCCCCAAGGACAACAUCAGUGUUUGUGGAGUAUCGGUAA